GUAAAAAGAUGGACGUACAGAGAUUGCAGCGUUGCUGAGCAACCAAUAUACACAAUUAUGUAGACGUGUGGUGUUAAUUUCAGUACAUAGAGAUCGAGGCUCUUGAAGUUCAUUAGUGUGCUUGAACAGAAAAACAAGUGUCCCAUAUUAUUUUUAAUUUGGAAUUUUAAGAAUUGAUGGAGCCGUACACAAGAAAUUUGAAUUCUCAGAUAAAGAACUUAAGAAGAAAUCGUCUAAUGUAUUCUGAAAAACAGAAGACAGGAUUCAGGACACCCGCCAGCCCUGCCUCAAUACCUACAAAAUACCAGACUAUUUUUGUUCCAGAACUUGAAAAAAGAGGUUUCAACUCGAAGGCCUUGAGAUUUGCCUACAGUCUCAAUCAGAAUGAGAACCCAGGCCCAGGAUCCUACGAUAUUGGUCAGACAGCAUCAGAUGUCAACAAUGUCUCCUUCUCUAAAAAAGGCACAGGAGGUUUCCCAUCCAAGGCAGCUCGAAGUUGCUUCCUUAAGACUGACCGCACCCCGGCUCCCAAUACGUACAACUUACGGGAUGAUUUGUUCUCCAAAAAAGAUUUUAGCAAAAGUUACUCUAGCAUGUUCCACCAGCCUAUCGCCACCCAAGUAGAAGACAUUAAAAAUAAGACUCCUGCUCCAAAUCAAUAUGAUGUAUCUAUAAUUUAUUCUCACCCUCAUAAUAAAGUAUCAGCACAUGCUGCCUUUGUCUCAAAAACGAAAAGAGAAGUGAUACAGCCAAACCAUCUGAAGGGACCUUCUCCAUGCCAUUACACCGUAAAUGAUUCACUAGUAAAAGAAUCUCCUGUGGUCCUUGUUUCAAGCUUUAAGUCUAAGACAUCAAGAAAUGUUUUAAAUGCAACCUCAAGCAAUCCAGGACCUGCAAAUUAUGAUCCAUUCAAAGUUCCAGAAACACAAAAAAGACUAACCUUCCAGAGGAAACAUUAUUUAUGCUUCUCAGCACCAGCUGUGCCAGUUAGCAAAUCCCCUCCUAUUCCUGGACCUGGGCAGUAUGACAUUGUGGACUUCAAAGGACCUCCCAAACAUCACAUCUCCAGUGCUGUGUUUGUGUCCAACACAAGUCGAUGGGCUGGAGAUGUGUCCGGAGAGGGUGUUCCUGGUCCAGGGUCUUAUCGUCCAGGGAUUCCAGGGAAACAGUCAUUUCUCUACAAUGGCAACAAGAAAUGGAUUCCAGUGUAAUGACAACAUGUGCAGCUAAACCAGCCAAAAUUUGGACAUUACUGCGGCUGUUGUUUGGAAGCACACAGUGCCUAAAGUUCUGUUAUUUUUUUUGUCAAUGGUCUCAAUUAGAGCCAAGAUUGUUUUGUAAAACAUUUACUGUAAUUUCCUG